AUGAAGUCUCUUCUCCUUCUUGUGCUGCUCUAUAUCCCAUUUUCCUCUGCUACCUGCGCCUUCCUAGGCGGCCAAAGGUGCAAGAAGGCCGGUGGAUCUGUCAAUGGUGAUUAUGAAAGAACACUGGACAUUUGUAACGACGUUCACAGUGAUAUGUGUUACUGUGUGAAAAAAUCCGAAGAUUACUGUACGGCGUACAACAGUACAGAGGCCAAUGAAUUCGACCAGGAGUGCACAAGCCAAGUGGGCUGGACUACGUUCAAUUGCUAG